AUGGCUUUGGCGUCGUUUCAGGGCCGGGAUUCGGGGCAGAGGGUCACAUUUGUGUCUCUGAGACCCGGACUCCACCUCGACCCUCUGACCCAUCAGCUACACCUUGGCUCCUGCCUCCCUCAUCUCCACCAGGCUCCCUCGUCCCUCUGGCUCCACCUUGGAAAGACUUCAACCAUCCGCUGCCUUGGGAAUACAAUCAUCCGGCUACGCGAUGUCAAUCUGCCCCUUUGGCUCUGUCAGGUUCCUCCUUCCCUCCGGCUCAACCUACAUCCUCGCUCUGGCUCUGCCACGGUCUUUCAGGUUCGGUCCGCCAUUUUUGCCUUGGCCCACCAGAUCUUCAGCGUCAACCUGGAUCUCCGUCUGCUCGUCUCCAUCCUGGGCUCCUCCUCCCUUCUGAUGUCUUCUAACGCACUGGGCGCUUGCUAUGAAUCCAGCAGUGACUCUCUGUUGGAUGCUGGAGUGGCGUCUUCAGGUCAAAACUCGCUUUAUUGUCCGGUAUAUGAAAGUAGGCUUGUGGCCCCUGGUAGGCAUGACCUUAUGCCCACCGCUGUCUAUGGCAACACCUGCUCAAAAAAACACAGUUAUGAUGCGUGCAGCACCUAUGGUCCAGAUUCAACUUCAUUUUAUUCUAUGGGAAAACUCAGUGGAAAAGUUGGAACGACGACAGGUCAAAGCUCUUCGUACUAUUCGUAUGAACACCCAAUCGGACAUUACGAAAGAUACGGGUACGGAUCCGUGGACAUAGGCACGCGAAGGAAAAACGCUACGAGAGAAACCACCAGCACACUAAAAGCAUGGCUGCAGGAGCAUAAAAAGAACCCGUAUCCAACUAAGGGGGAGAAGAUCAUGUUGGCGAUCAUCACUAAGAUGACCCUUACGCAGGUGUCAACCUGGUUCGCCAACGCGCGCCGGAGACUCAAGAAGGAAAAUAAGAUGACGUGGUCACCGCGCAACAAGACAUCAGAGGAGAAAGAGUGCGAUGACGACCAAGAAGAUAUGGGCGGGUCACAGGGAAUAAAGACAGAGCAGGAGUUCAAUGGCAACAGUGGAAAGGAUGAUACUGAUCAACUUCACAGCGAUCUGGAGGACUUCGAUCUUGUCGAAUCAGACAGCUCUGAGUGUGACUCGAAAUCGUUUGCGGAGGCAAAAAAAUAUCAAGAUAACACAUUUGAAGAGUCAUUUCACGAAUCCACCGAGUUCCCGAGAGGUGUCCAUGAAUUCAGUGAAGACCGCCUCGAACCAACUACUGAGGACAACCAAACCAUCUACCUUCAAGGCCAAAAGACCAUCGAGACCAAGCCAAAAAUCUGGUCGCUUGCGCAAACUGCCACAUCGUUAAACCAAGCCGAUUACUCAUCGUGCAUGCACAAAAGUUCUACAAACUGUGAUUCAGACCUAACAAAAAGGAAACAAGAAUCUCCGGUUGCCACUUUGAGAAACUGGGUUGAUGGUGUCUUUCACGACCCUAUAUUUCGACAUCAAACGCUCAGCAACUUUACGGAGUUAUGGACCGAAGCCACCUCACCAGAGAAUAAUUACCAGGAACACUCAGGACCUAUUUCCUCUCAGCAAAAUGUAUAAGUGGGCCAAAACUUUUGUUUCAUACACGUUUGUGACACAAAAAAAAUAGGUUUGAAAAGUGCUAAUAUAACAAUUAUUAGCAUCGGAUUGUAAUGUGUUGUCAUAUAAUCCUUAUGAAAGUUUGUUGAACUCACACUUAUAACUUAAACGCAUCAACGUAGAUUUAGAGCGUUUGGCACUUUUUCACUUUUUUGAAAUUUCGAGUUUAAUAUCAGAAAG